AUGAGCAACACGAAACAAGCGCGCGUCGAGGCGGCGCCAUGGCUGCUGCCACCGAUCGUGCUGCAGGUCGUCCACUACUUGGACAAAGCCAGCGAUGUCAUCACCUUCCUCGAUGCAGCGCCCAACGCCGCCCGCGACAAGGCCUUUGAUGCGCUUGUGACGCUCUUGGUCGCCGAGCCCGACCUCUGGCCAGCGACCGGCAUGGACGACUUGUACAAAACAAGCGACACGGACGACGACUCGAUUGUGACAACGGCGCUACCCGCGCUUCGCAAGGUGCUGAUCGCCCAAGGUAGCGAGAUUGGCAACGGCCUCUGGGCACCGAACGUCGUGAGUCUUACAAUCGUCAUCAACGAAGAGCCACUGGACUGCAGUGUAUUGCAAGAGGAACUUGCAGCGUCCGAGCUCACGUCGCUCAAGUCGGUUCACGUCGACUGGAACGAAGAGGUCGACGACGAACAGCUCGACGACGCGGUCGCAGCGAUCACCGCCUCGUGCCCCAAUCUCUGCGAACUGGAUCUCGCCACCGAUGUCGAUUCAGAACUGGAGACCUGUGAGAGUCUUCUUGGAUGGCUCGCGCGCUCCGGUGCCCGGCAGUUUAAGCUCGGUGCCAUCGACUUUGCGCCGGGCGCCGCCACGGAUGUGGCGCAUGCGCUACUCUCGUCGACGACGCUCCAUACGAUCCAGAUCUUUGGUGCUCCAAACGUCCUCGAGUCGUUUUUGGAGUCGUCGUGUACGGCGCCGCCCCAGCAGCUACGCAAUUUGACCAUCGGUCACGGCAGCAGCUGGCUCGAUGUGACUGUGCCAACCACGGUGCGCACGCUUGAGCUCGUCUACGUCAAGAUGAAGACCUUUUCUUCGCCAUUGCCCGAGGUCCAGUCUCUCCGACUUUGUCACGUGACGUUGACAAGCGACGCUGUCUCCAGUCUCGCAGCCGUGCUUGCAGCGACGACCACACUUUUUCGACUCGACCUUGGCGACACUACUUUGUCCGACGAUCAACUCCAAGCGAUCCUGGAUGCUCUGCCGCACUGGCUGAAUCGCCAGCACCACAAGUGCUACUUGCGCCUGCAUGCGAAGCACCGGAGCGAGCCGCGGAUCGCCGCUGUGCUGACCCAGAUUCGCAACACGCUCGAGGUGCAGAUCGAGUUGUGCGGCGGCGACGACUUUGACUUUGCCACGUGCCAUAAUCUCUUGCCGGGCUUUGGCACGACGUCGCGGAUGCAGCUGCGUUUCUCAAAGACGGGCUAG